UAAACCAGCUGCAGAUACACCAACGGGGUGGGACCGAAACGGGGCUGGAUUGUGUGAAAACUGAAGAAAGUACACCAUUUGGUCCGCAAAGGAUUUGUUGAGACUGCGGGGUAUAUUAUGCACGAAGGCACUUUACUUCGUAUAUUAAAAGGAGCUGAAUGACCUGAGAGAGAGAGAGUUUGUCUCCCACCACUUGCCACAGCUCAGCCCCCCACCGUCUGCCAGGCUGCACAGCUCCACUAUGGCCUCGGGAACUAGUUUCCAGCCAGCCGACGCCAUGGCCUAGCCCAAGCUGUGCCUGUGACACCUCCCUCCUUUCCCCCCCCCUUCCUCUCCUCCUGCAAACCCUCCCCCACCAACCCACACUCCUCUUUCUCCUCCCCCUAUCGUCUCCCUCUCCCUCUUCCACCCUUCCUAUCUCUGUCUUUCUCUACAUGUGAGUGGACCUGUAUUCCUGUGAGUGACGACCCCCUUUGAGUCACAGAAGAUGAGUUUGCAGAAGCACACGCAGCUGGGCUCGGAGCGGGACCUGCAGUCCACGGCCUCCUCCAUCAGCCUGCCCUCGGUCAAGAAGGCGCCCAAGAAGCGGCGCCUGUCGCUGGGCUCCCUCUUUCGCCGGCGGCCCCGCUCCGGUGGCGCUGAGACCAAGCGGAAGCCGCGCGACCUGGCCCUGGUGGCCGCCGGCUGCGCCGCCUCGCUGGGCGGCCUGGAGGGCAUCGCCAGCAUCGAGAGCCUCCACUCGGACACCUUCCACCACCAUGACAAGGCCCUGGGGACCGGCCUGGGCCUGGGUCUAGGGCUGGGCCUUGGUCUGGGGGCCGCCUCUAGCUCCACAGGCGGCUCCCAUGCCUCCACCUCCUCGGCCCCGGCCGCGGCCGUCACAGCGGUGUCGUCAGGGUCCUCUUCGUCCUCCUCUUCAUCCUCCGCCGCCUCCUCGUCUUCGUCCUCGUCCAAGGGCGAGCAGUUGGAGUGCCCACUGUGCCUGCUGCGCCACUCGCGAGACAGCUUCCCGGACAUCAUGACAUGCGCGCAUCGCUCCUGCGCCGACUGCCUGCGCCAGUACCUGCGCAUCGAGAUCAGCGAGUCACGCGUCAACAUCUGCUGCCCUGAGUGCGCCGAGCGCUUCAACCCCAACGACAUCCGCGCCAUCCUGCAGGACCGCACGCUCAUGGACAAGUACGAGGAGUUCAUGCUGCGCAGGUGGCUGGUGGCCGACCCCGACUGCCGCUGGUGCCCCGCGCCCGACUGCGGGUAUGCCGUGAUUGCCUUCGGCUGUGCCAGCUGCCCCAAGAUCACGUGCGGGCGCGAGGGCUGCGGCACAGAGUUCUGCUACCACUGCAAGCAGCUGUGGCACCCCAACCAGACCUGCGAUGCCGCGCGCCAACAGCGGGCACAGAGCCUCAGGCUCCGCACCAUACGCUCCUCAUCGCUCACAUACAGCCAGGAGAGCGGAGCGGCAUCGGAUGACAUCAAGCCGUGUCCGCGCUGCGCCGCCUACAUCAUCAAGAUGAACGACGGCAGCUGUAAUCACAUGACCUGCGCCGUGUGCGGCUGCGAGUUCUGCUGGCUCUGCAUGAAGGAGAUCUCGGACCUGCACUACCUCAGUCCGUCGGGCUGCACGUUCUGGGGCAAGAAGCCGUGGAGCCGCAAGAAGAAGAUCCUGUGGCAGCUGGGCACGCUGGUGGGGGCGCCGGUCGGCAUCGCGCUCAUCGCUGGCAUCGCCAUCCCCGCUAUGAUCAUCGGCAUCCCCGUAUACGUGGGCCGCAAGAUCCAUAACCGCUACGAAGGGAAGGACAUCUCUCACCACAAGAGGAACCUGGUGAUCGCGGGGGGCGUGACCCUGUCUGUCAUCGUGUCACCAGUGGUGGCCGCCGUCACAGUCGGUAUUGGUGUGCCCAUCAUGUUGGCGUACGUGUACGGGGUGGUGCCCAUCUCGCUGUGCCGCAGUGGGGGCUGUGGCGUGUCGGCGGGUAACGGCAAAGGGGUCCGCAUCGAGUUUGAUGACGAGAAUGAGAUGAACGCGGGCACUGGCGCAGCCGCAACCGACACCACGUCGGUGGCAGACACGCGGCACAACCCCAGCCUGGGCGAGGGUAGCGUGGGUGGGCUGACGGGCAGCCUGAGUGCCAGCGGCAGCCACAUGGAGCGCAUCGGGGCCAUGCGGGACAACCUGAGCGAGACGGCCAGCACCACCGCCCUGGCAGGGGCCAGCAUCACCGGGAGCCUCUCCGGCAGCACCAUGGGCAACUGCUACAACAGGCUUGAGGUGCAGGCGGACGUGCAGAAAGAGCGCUGCAGCCUGAGUGGGGAGUCGGCCACGGUCAGCUUGGGGACAAUCAGUGACAACGCCAGCACCAAAGCCAUGGCCGGCAGCAUUCUCAACGCAUACACCCCCCUAGACAGGGAGGGCAGUAACACGGAGGUGCCGGUGGACACAGAGUCCAAAAAGCUUCAGCAGCAGACCAACACCACCCCCACCACCCCGACCCCCGGCCCCGACUGUGGCAACCACACCACCACCUCCUCCACCACACGCUGUGCCUGGACCUGUCAAUCAGCCACCACUAACCAAUUCCACUGCUCCUCCUCCUCCUCCUCCAAACACUGGGCCAAAGACUCCUCCUCCACAUCCUCCUCCUCCUCUUCCUCGUCCUCAUCAUCGGGGAAGAAGCAGAAAGGCAAGCUGAGGAAGAAGAGCGGAGGAGGUGGGAGUAAUCGAGGAGGAGGAGGUGGUGUGUCAGGCGGUCCGCAGGUGAGCGGUGAGUGUGGUGGUGGUGGUGGCGCGGAGGUGGACUCUGGUCUCCUGGAGCGUGGCAGUGUGCACUCCUGCCACUCCAGCGGGCCCGACUCGCCCUCGCUCAGCGGCUCCCUGCCCUCCGUGGCCGACUCCCACUGCAGCCAGCUGUCGGAGCUCAGCGCCGCCUCCGACACCCUCGACCCCAUCGCCGUCCCCGCCCUCUCCACCACCACCUCCGCCACCCCUCUGACCCCCAACGUGACCCCAAACGCCACCCCCACCACGGCCCCUGCUCACCACCACCCCCACCAUCCCCACCAUCACCAUCAUAAUAAUCAAACGCAACACAGUCAGACUCAGCACCACACUCACGGCAGGGCGGCUCCUGUAGUAGCCACCCAGCUGCAGCAGCAGCAGCACGGGCGCUUCGCCUCCGUCAGCCCCCUCCCCGAGGUGGAGAACGACCGGCUGGAGAGCUGCCCCCAGCAGAUUGUAGCCGCUGCCAUGGGGGCCUGUGUCUCCUCCACUGCUGCCGCUAGUAGUAGUAGUGGGGGUGUUGGUGUUGGAGGUGGCGUCCUUCCUGCAUCGCCUCGAUCCGCAGAGGCGUCCGCGCUGUGCCUGAUUGCGGAGGAGAAGGUGAGCAUGGUGGUGCAGUCGGCGGAGGGGCACGCAUGCAGUGUAGGAGAACAGCAGCAGCAGCAGGAGGAGGAAGAGAUGAAGAGACCAGGAGGAGGAGGAGAAGAAGGAGGUGUACAUUGUGGUGGGGGUGGUGGUGGCGGCAGUAGCAAUGCUGGAAGCCCCAGCACACAGCGCCACCCGCGGGCCACCAGGGGCAGCUGCAUACAGAGCGACCUCUGAGGCACAGCAGCAGCACCACCACCCGCUCAGCUCAGACCUGAAACAAUGUACCAGACAAAUGUACCCUUACAGACACACACAUCUACACACACACAUCUACACACACACACACACACACCACAAGUGCUGUAAAAAAAAAGAAACGAACUGAAGAGAACUACCCUUAACCCCCUUUUGCCUCACAUGUGCAGUCUCUCUCUCACACACACACACACACACACACACACACACACACACACACACACACACACACACACACACACAGAGUCAUGCAAGUCCCUCUCUGCACACCACACUGACAGCACUGCAGUGCCUCACUGAGCUUAAUGCCCCCAAAUCCAAGCCCACCUCUCCUCCACCACCACCUGCGGCAGAGGGGUGUAGCAGCAGCAGCAGCAGUAGAAGAUGGCUGGGCAUUUGUAGUCCCACUUCAUUCUCCACCCCCACCCCACUUCAUUCUCCACCCUGUGCUACAUCUUUACCAUAAUGCUGUGUUCACCUCCACCACUAUGCGCAGUCCUUAGUGGAAAAGCGUUUCUAAACAUGCGCUGUUGUCUGUGGUGCGUGGAUGUCCCUGGUUAAACCCAAAGGAAACUGGUCCAGAAGGCUGAGAGCUGGCUGUGAGUGCCCGAUGAAGCCAUGCUACCGUAGCAGACAGGCACCGGAGCCAGCCGACCGGACCGGACCGGACCGGACUGGACUACACUGACUGACUCACUCACUCAUGUGCUGGAGGUUUGGCCGUUUCCAGGCUGUUGCAUAGGGAACCACUGUGGCAGCACCACAGCUAAAAGCCUACUACACCUGAUCCUGCACUCAAAUACACACACACACACAGCUAUAUAAAACACAUGCAUACACACUUGCACACAUUCAUGCAAGGACCUUUUUUCAGCUCUCUCCCAAACAGGCUUCAUGUUAUCUGUCAUAGGGACCACGCAAUAAUUUUUUUCAUUUUGUUAUUAUGGAAAAAAUGUUCUUAUUUUUGAUUGUUGAAAAAACAAUUGCCCAUUUGUUUUUGUUGUUUUUUUUCCUUCCCCAUUUUUGUAAAUGAUUCUUUUUUGUGAAGUACGUUGCAUAAUCUCCUUAUUUAUUUUGUUUUUUUCCAUUUUUCUUUCCUUUUUUCUCCUUUAUUAUAUAUUUUUGUUAAUUAAGUUCGUUCCUCUUCAAGGUGCUUGAAAUGUGGCUAUGCACCAGUUGCUGAAAAGAAAAACACGAAAGAGACGUUGGGUCGCAAGAUGGUGCCCAGAAAGCAAGAAGUGGGACGGAACCAAGAUGAGAACUGGAUUCUCCCCCAGAAACCCACCCCCAUUGCCGCCUGGGACAGGAACCGAACUGGCUGCAUGCAGUCUGAGGUGAACUGUGUCGCCAUCUUGCCCCAGGCAGACUGGAUGGAGAAAUAAAGGGUUCACCUGUGUCUUUCAUAAGGCUUUCAGGGUUGUAGCACUGAGUCUCUUCAGUAGCCAGGCACAAACGCAAUGAUUUAAAAUGACGACCAAAAACGUGCCUGUUUCUCCGCCAUGCGCAAAAAAAAAUGGAAGGCGGUGAAACAAGGUCAUUAUUAUAGCUUAGCGCCUUGCCUACAAAGAACUCAAGUGAGUUUUUCUUUAUCUGAAAUUUCAUGGUGCCUUUUUGAAAUGUAACAUUUUGGGUUUUUUGUUUUCUUCAUCAAUCUGUUCUAAUUUGCUACAGUUUUAAGAAAACACUGAAGCUGAAUGUGUCUCUCUCUCACUAAUAAACGUUUGGAAACAGA